UCAAGCUUUGAAUAUUUUGUAACUAUAGUUAGCGUAGGUAUUGAUUUAGCGUUGUUGUUUCUAUGGUUACAUUCAUUGUUUUUAUCAAUUAAAUAUACGGUAGGAAUUUACAGUACUAACGUUAAAUGUACAAGAGUGACUGCACACAAUUAUUAACCGAAGAAGAAAUACUUUUAUUUGAAACUAUGAAGUUUCCAGAAAGUGUGAAAUUAACUACAUAUCUAGCUUAUAAGCACACUGAAACUAUAGAGCCUGGUAGAAAAAUUAAAUCAGAAAUUUUUGAUUGGGAUUCUAAUAUUCCAAAAUCUCUAGUUUCUUUAUGUAUUGAGAAGUUGUCCGAAAACUGGUUGGGCUAUCCAAGGCUGGAACAACUGAUUGCUAAAGAUCGUGAAUUAUUUCUGCAAAUCUUGGAUACUGAUGUACCACUUCAGCUUUUAGUGGACAAUAUUAAAAGCGAUAUAUUUUGGAAAAGGUGUUACCGCUCCAAAUUCACAGAUUCACCUCUAAUAGCAGAUGAUAAAAAAUGGAUUAAUGUUUUCAUGGAGCGGCAUUUCGCUGAAAUGUUAGAGAAUAUGAAUCCAAGGCAGUAUGAUCCUGAAAAGGUGACCACACUAGUAAAACUUUGUGGACCGUAUAUUCAAAAAUUAUCAAUUCGAAGUUUAAUUCCGACUGAUAUACCAGUACAAAGGAUGGCUUCACCAGAGUUGGCUCAUUUAGUUACAAGUCAGCGGCAAAAUGGAAACAAACAACAGGCGAAAGACAGUGAAGCAAUAUCUAGAGAUCAUAUAUCUCUCCAUGCUGCACUAGGCAGUUUGACUAACUUAGUCGAAUUGCACAUAACGUAUCAAUUGCGCUCAAUUGGAGUUGAAUAUCGUACGGAUCAAUUUCAAUUUACAAAUAAUGACGCAAAAAAUUUAGCCCGUGGCUUAGAAAAAUGUGCGCAGCUUAAGAUAUUAAGAAUAACAAGAAGUGAUAUGAAUUGCCAAAGGACUAAAUACAUACUUCGGGGGCUUUCUGAUAACUUAAAAUUAGAUACACUAGAUUUCAGCCAUUGCAAAAUAGGAGAUGAUGGUGCUUCGUCAAUAGGAAAAUUUAUUGCCAGGCGUGACGCCUUACGAACUCUCAUUUUGGCAGAUAAUGUGUUCGGUCCAACAGGUGUUGAAGGUAUUUCACACGCUCUUAAUCAUACUGCAUGUGGGGUUCGUACACUUGACUUGAGACUUAACACCAAACUUGGAUCUGAAGGAAUUGCACACGUAGCAGUAUCCAUUGCAAGAGGAUGCAAUCUAACUAGUUUAAACAUAUCAGGUUGUGGAAUUACGCCUGGUCCUUUACUGAAGCCACCAGCAGGAGUUUGGUCUACUACGAGUGCAGAAAAUCCUCCGACAUGUGGUGAUUUACUGGCCCGAUCAAUUGGUUUAGUGAAAACUCCAUUACGUUCACUUGAUAUAAGUGUAAAUGACAUCGGUUCUCCCAGCGAUAGUGUACUUUCGAAUGCUAUAUGCUUAAGUUACAUAGUAGACUUAAAUUUGAAAAGAUCUGGAAUGGGCUCGAUGGCUAAAGCUGUAGCAGAGUCUGCUGCUGCGGUCCAAAGACUAAGAAGAGAAGCUGAAAGAGGAAUUCGAUUCAGAAGAAGUGCUGGAAAACUCGUGCAAGCCAGUAGAGUGGCUAAAGGAAUGAAUAUUGACACGGACCCGUUACUGUUGGCUCAACAGCUGUCGGCUCGACCUUCGAUCGUCUCUGUUGCAUCAGAAGAAGGAAUGCACAGCAUACAAACGCAGCCUUUGCCUUCUGAUUUUGGAUUUAUACCGUCAUUAAAAAGCCCUUUGCCGUCAUCGAGAGACUCAUCCGUCACAGGUCCACCUACUUCGCGAAGAUCCAGUCAUCAUGCUAUAUUGGAACCAGUCAGAGAAGUACGGCGCACAGCACUUGUUCGGCGUGGGUCUGAUGGGUCGUUGCUGCAACCCCGGAGCGCAAACUCGCAAAGACACAUUAAAAUAUUUGUUUCUUAA